AUGCGUCCUUAAAACGUUGGCAUUCACGCCAUUGAAACAUAUUUCCCAAAGACUUUCAUUUCCCAAGAAGAACUAGAACAAUUCGAUGGUGUUUCUAAAGGAAAAUACACAAUCGGUCUUGGAUAGAAGUGCAUGUCAUUUGUUGAACCUUACGAAGAUGUAAAUUCAUUAGCCCUUACAGUGGUUUAAAACACAUUGGAAAAAUACAAAAUCGACCCUAGAAUGAUAGGUAGACUUGAAGUUGGUACAGAAACUCUCAUAGAUAAAUCAAAAUCAACUAAGACAGUGUUAAUGCAGUUGUUUAACAAGUAUGGCAAUCAUGAUAUUGAAGGUAUAACUACUAUUAAUGCAUGCUAUGGAGGUACCGCUGCUCUUUUUAAUACACUUGCUUGGGUAGAAUCUUCAGCUUAUGAUGGUAAGAGACUAGGCUGUGUUGUCACAGUCGAUGUCGCAGUCUAUAAGAAAGGUCCUGCUCGUCCCACAGGCGGAGCUGGUGCUAUUUGCAUGAUUAUAGGCCCUAAUGCUCCAAUCAUUGUAGAACCUAUCAGAAGCACCUUUAUAGAUCAUGCAUAUGAUUUUUAUAAACCUGAUCCUCGCUCAGAAUUCCCAACUGUUGAUGGCCAUCUAUCAAUAAAUACUUACUUAGGAGCUAUUGAUAACAACUUUAAGACAUUGAAUUAAAAAUAUGCAGUUGCCAACCUUCGUCCUUUCUCCCUUUAAGAUGUGGAUUAUGGUUGUUUCCAUGCUCCUUUUGCAAAAAUGGUUUAGAAAGCAUUUGUUCGUUUGUUUUAUAAUGAUGUAUUGAGUGGAUAUAAUAAAGAAGUUAAAAUUUCUGAAGAAGAUUAUCUCACAUUAAAAAAUAGUGAUUACAAUAGCAAAGAAGUAACAGAAAAGCUUUCCAAGCUUUCAUCUUAAACCUGGAAUCAAAAAGUAAAGCCAAGCUUAUUAAUGGGAGAGAAUUUGGGCAAUAUUUACACAGGAUCUUUAUAUGCUGGACUAUGCUCACUUAUCAGUGAUGAUAAUAUAGACCUCAGAAAUAAAAGAAUUUUGAUGUUUUCUUAUGGGUCUGGAUUAGCAUCUUCCAUGUUCUUCUUGAGGGUUGGUGAAGAUUACUCAUUCAUUAAGUCUGUUAUUAACCUUAAAGAAAGACUUUCUUAGAGAAUAAAAAUCCCCAUUCAGGAAUAUGAUUAAAUAAUGGCUGAAAGAGAAAAAGCAUUUGGUUUUCUUCCUUCAAACCCAAAAGUAAACUUUGAAAGGUUAGGUGAAGGAGUAUUUUUCUUAAGCUCAGUAGAUAAAAUGUGGAGACGUUAAUAUGAAAGAUAUUAGGAGUAAACAACUUUUGUGAAGUCAAACUAAGUUAGUAAAAACAAUUGCAGUUCAACCAAUCUCAUUGAUAUGAACAAAGUAGUAAUUAUUGAUGACAUCAGUUUCAAUGAAUAAAAGGCUCGUUUGAACGAUAGACUUGUUCAAAUCAAAAAUUAAAUUGUUAACAAAGGAAGUUCUUCAUCUUUAAACAAAGAUUUGAAAGCAGGAGCAAGUAGAAAGCGCUCUCAUUCUCAAGAAAAAAAUCUGAACUAAAAAAUUUGGUCAGGAUUUUACAAGAAGACUUUGAAAGAAAGACUUGAUUAAAUUUAGAAAGUUGAGCCUAAAAUUGACACUUAAAAAUUCGAAGAUGGCGGACUUACCUUAUAAAGAGCUGAUUUAAUGGUCGAGAAUUGCAUAGGUAAGAUUUCCCUCCCAAUUGGUCUUGCUUUAAACUUUAAGAUAAAUGAUAAAUAUCUCAAUAUUCCUAUGGCUAUUGAAGAACCCUCUGUUAUCGCUGCUGCAUCCUCAUCUGCUAAAUUUAUUGAUGAAAAUGGAAGCGGAUUUUCGACUUAUUCAACUCGCCCAAUUAUGAUCGGCUAAAUCUAACUUCUUUAAGUUGAUCCUCUCUAGGUUUAAUACAAAUUAGAUUAAAAUAAAGAGAAGAUUAUUUCUUACGCAAAUGAAAUUUGUUAAACAAUGGUCAACAGAGGAGGAGGUGUUAAGGAUCUUAAAGUUAAAAUCUUAAAUGCAACAGAUAAAAAAUUGAAAUCAACUGGUGAGUAUCAAGUAGAUGAAAUGGUAGUUGUAGAUUUACAUAUUAAUGUAUGCGAUGCUAUGGGUGCAAAUAUUGUAAAUACUAUCGUAGAAUAUACUGCACCAUUAAUUGAGUAAAUUACAGGAGGCAGAGCAGGAUUAAAAAUUUUAUCUAACUUAUGCACUGAACGUCGUGCUGUUUCUGAAUUUGAAAUUCCUAUUUCAAAAUUAUCUUGGAAAGAUGCAAGCGGUGAAGAUGUUGCUAAAAGAAUCAUAGAAGGAUAUCGCUUUGCUUAGCUUGAUCCAUACCGUGCAUCUACUCAUAAUAAAGGUAUAUUUAAUGGAAUGGAUGCAGUAGCAAUUGCUACAGGAUAAGACUGGAGAUCUAUUGAAAGCUCUUGCCACACUUAUGCCAGUAUUAAUAAUAAAAAAGCUGGAUAUCAACCACUCACACACUACGAAAUUAUAAGAAGUAAGCGCCCUAACUUCUAAGGUGAACUAGUACUCAGAGGUAUGAUAGAAGUGCCUAUAUCUGUUGGAUCUUAAGGAGGUGUUUUAAGCGCUAAUCCACUAUAUCAUAAUAAUCUUUAACUUCUUGGAUUCCCUAAUGCAUAAUAAUUAUCUGAAAUAAUUGCUACUGUCGGUCUUUGCUAAAAUUUUGGUGCUUUGCGUGCUCUUGCUGUAGAAGGAAUUUAAAAAGGACAUAUGAAUCUCCAUGCUAGAAAUAUUGCUUUAGCUGGUGGAGUACCUACCCAUCUCGUCGAAGAAGCUACUCGCUUUAUGAAAUCUCGUGGUAAAAUAAAUGUUGAUACAGCAAAGGCAUACCUCGAAGCACAUGAUAUGUUUGAGCAAGUUAGGGAGUAAAAUGUGAGUGAAAUUCAAAAGCACACUCCAUUAAGCACAUUUUAUGUUGAGCUUGAUAAUGAAUUUCUCGAAGAACCCAUCACUCUUCACGUUGCUAUUGAGUGCCUUGAUUUCGAUAAAUAACCUAUUCAUCUUUCAAUCGAGCCUUCUUCAAAUUCUAAUGGAAACCAAAACAAUAAAAAUUAAAACACAAUAAAUAAGAAUAUUCAAGACCUUCUCUUUGGACCUAAAGGAAAUGAAUGGCUUCGCUAAAUUUUCUCAGCACUUGAGAUUGUUAGAUUCAAACUAAAUAAAAAGAACAGUGAAAAUUCAAAUAAAAAUCUACCUACUUCUAAAUAAGUUUACAGAUUAAAACUUAUUACCAUCAUUAUUAAUUUAUUAACUAGUAGCUUGAUACAAUUGGAUUUUGAGUGUUCCUCCUUUGUUAUUUAAGAAUUAAUUUACUUCUUCAAGAACAAUAAUAAGAACAUGAAAAACAUCAACGUUGAAAGCUUAAUUUCUGCAAAAAAAUAAUCUAAAAUAGGUUUAAGCGAGUAAGAAAAAGUCAAGUAGCUCGCUUUAAUAUUUGGAUUGAAUUUAUUAAGUGAGUGCAUUCGUAUUUUUAAGUACAAUAAUGACAGAGCUCAUAUUGCUGAUGAAUAUUUAGAAAACCAUUUAAUGAAAGAACUCUUUAACAUCAUUGAAAGCCAGAUCUAAGCUUACAAUUUAUGGAAGUAGGUAUAAGGAACCACCCAGACUAAAAAUUUGAAUAUAGAGAAAUUUAUUGAAAAUCGCCAAAAGCGCUUAUGCUCAACUAUGAUGCUCCUUUGCGAUUGUGUGGACUUAAAUCCUAAUUCCAUCAAUCCAAACAUAAUGAAUGUCAUUUAUAGACUAGGUUAGGUUUAUGAGUUAGAAAUCACUAUGAUUCAUGAUGUGUAAAAGUGGAAGCCAAGUCUAGAUGAAAUAAAUCUUUAUUCAUACUGGCUCAUUUAAAACAACUUAUUUAGUCAAGGGGAAGCAAUAGAAAAUCGUAAAGCUUUCAUAUAAUAUAUAACUAAAAUUCUCAAAUAGAAAAAGUAAGAUUUGCAAUCUUUGCUAGACAAUAAAUUAAAAACUUUGUGCGAAAUAACAUCAGAAGUGAUUCACUCAUAUUACAACUUCGAUCAAAAAUAAUUGGUUACUCCAAAACUUUGA